CGAUGGCGACCCUCGCGGCGAACGGCGUCUCGAUCCGGUGCGCUCCCCGCGCCACCCGGAUACAGCGAACCAGGUCGUGCCCCCCCACCCGGGCGGCGUCCGACACCGGCAGCGCGCGCCUUCGCGUCCGCGUCCGCGCGUCGUCGAACGACGACGAUGGUACCGGCGCCGGGGUUCGGACCAAGGAGGUGGACGUGGACAAGGAGCUCAAGAAGAACGCGGCUAAGAUCGCGGGCACCUUCGCGCCGAGGUCGUCCACCGCGAAGAAGAACCCCGCGUUCAAGGGCAGCGCGCUGUACACCAUCUUCGAGGUUCAGGCGUACCUCUCCCUCGUCGUCGGCUCAAUGCUUUCGUACAACGUCCUGCUCCCGUCCGACGAGCCGAACAUCGCGAGGCUGAUGGGCAUGUGGAGCGUGUGGAUGUUCGCGGUGCCCUCGCUGAGGGCCCGGGAGUGCGACGCCAAGGAGAAGGACGCGCUCAACUUUCUGUUCAUCGCCAUCCCGCUCGUCAACGUCCUCAUCCCCGUGGUGUGGAAGAGCUUCGCGGCGGUGUUCACCGCGGACUGCCUGCUGAUGGCGUACAUGUACUACGAUAAGGGCGCGGGGAUCUUCGACGACGGCUCGGAGAAGGCGGCGGAGGAGCCCACCGCGUGAGAGCGCGACUUAUAAUACCGAUACCAUCAGGCUUUGCGACG